AUGAAUUCAGUGUGCCGUGUUACGAAAUUAUUUGUUUAUUUAAGUUUUUUAGUGGCUAUCUGCCAAACACAGCCAGUGGUCAAUAGUGAUGGCUCCUACCAUGCAGAAACUUCUGAACCAGCUUUGGCCCAUCAAUCGGAAUUAUCCGAUGAUCUAGCUUUACAUUCUCAGGCGGAAAUUUCAUCUGAUUCCGGUUUUAGGAUUUCAUUAUUUAAAGCUGCCGAAAAAACCCGAGAAUCUGUCAAUUUAGAAACUGAAGGAGUACCAUCGAAAGUUUUAAGUCUCUACGAUAAAAGUCAAAAGAAAUUUUUAGAUAAAACACAGCCCCUUCCCAUUUUGGAUACCAUUAGCGAACAUGAGAAAUAUGGCAAUAAUGGCGAUAUGUUUGAUGGCAUAUCCCGCAGUCUGGUGAAUGGUUAUGAGGCCUUCUCCAAUCUUUUAAAUACUUUAAUACAGAAACCCAAAGAAAUUGCUCGUUCCAUCUCGAAAGGCAUUACUGCACAACUGGAUGUUAUAGGUGGCAAAAUAGUGGGGCUGUAGUAGUGAUAUUUAGUGUUUGGUUUUUAUUAAAUAUUGACUUUAUUAGCAAACAUUUGUUUUCAUUUACAUUUGCCAUUUCGUAAAACACAUUCUGUAUUAGUUUUAAGUGUUUAUUAAAUAAAUAAGUUAAUCGUUAUGAUUUUAAUUUUUGUAUAUUAUAAUAUAAAAUUUA